CCCGUACAUACGAUAAGCGCCCUCUAGGAACUGUGGAACGCUGGUGGAAGUUGCGGGACAUGUCCUACUAAUAAUCGCGUUUCCGAGCGUAUUUAAAACGUUCCUUGGAAAAAUGACAUCGAUAUUGAGAAACUGUUGGAGACUGUCGCGAAGUUUGCCAGCUGCUACGCCGAAAUGUUAUGCUGUCGCUUCUCCGUCAGCUGUAAGAUAUAACGCUACGACGGCCAGCGAGGAUACCGAGAAAACCGAGACUCGUCCCACGGUGCGGAAACCCAGUCAUGUGGACGUUGAUCGUUUGACACAUUUUGGCCGUUAUAUCAGCGAAUGUCUACCCAAAUACAUACAACAGGUACAGCUGGCCGCUGGCGACGAGCUGGAACUGUUAAUCGUCCCCGAUGGCAUCAUCCCUACGUUCACAUUUUUAAAGGAUCAUCAUAACACGCAGUUUGUUAAUCUGGCAGAUAUUACUGCUAUAGAUGUACCCAGUAGACAGUACAGAUUUGAGCUCGUUUACAACCUACUAUCGUUGCGAUACAACUCGCGUAUCAGAGUUAAAACGUAUACCGACGAGUUGACGCCGGUUGAUUCCAUCUAUAGUGUAUUUAAAGCUGCUGAUUGGUACGAGCGAGAGAUAUGGGAUAUGUUUGGUGUUUUCUUCUCGAAUCAUCCUGAUCUUCGUAGGAUUCUUACAGACUACGGCUUCGAAGGUCAUCCACUAAGGAAAGAUUUUCCACUCAGCGGAUACGUUGAGGUGCGCUAUGACGACGAACAUAAAAGAAUAGUGAUCGAACCGUUAGAAUUGACUCAGGAAUUCCGUAAAUUUGAAUUAGCUGCCCCGUGGGAGCAGUUUCCUAAUUUCCGGGACGCUCCGCAAAUUGCUGAAACUAAGGAAAAGUAACUGCUCUCGCUUAGAUCAUAGUCAUUGUUCGAGCAAGCAAGUAUAAAAUAUAUUGAUAAAGUGUAAUAUAUAUUGAUAUUCUUUUCUCUUGUUAACCAUUUCUGGGAGCCUGAUUCGUGGGCACUCGUUUUAGAAAUAUAAAGAUUAAUUUUACAACUGUAUUCAUUUAGAAGCAUAUUCUAGAUUGCAAAAUUACAGCUGUUUCAACCUGCGCUCCUACCGUUCGUUGUUAAUAUUAUUUUCAGAAAAUUUCUGACCUGCUGUUUUCAAAUAACUAAUUUCAACCUGAUUCAAUAUCUUAAAAAAUAAAGAUAUGACAUAUACACCGGCCGUGCGUGUACAUAAAAUAAAAGAAUUUAAAUAAUUGAUAUAUUUAACGCAAGUGGCGUGUCAAUAGGAAAAAUGUCAAUAAACUACUCUGAAAUUUUUUUU